AUGGCCCAUUUCACCCAGCAUAUAAUCAUGGGUACACCAUUUGAAACGACAUCAAGAUAUUCUCAAUUGGAACCCAUCGGGCUUGGUGCCUCUGGGCUUGUUUGUUCUGCGAAGGACCAAAUUAUGCACCGGAAUGUGGCUGUGAAGAAGCUGACCGAACCAUUUAAAACGGCCACUGUUGCGAGGCAUAUUUUUCGGGAGAUCAAAUUACUGAAGCAGCUCCAACAUGAAAACAUUAUUCAUUUACAGGAUAUCUUCAUCUCUUCAGCCGAAGACAUCUAUCUUGUGACCGACCUUAUGGCGACCGAUCUCCAUAGUGUUCUGAAAGCGAAAGCUGUUGACAGCCAGUUUACUCAGUAUUUUAUGUACCAGAUUUUGCGGGGUCUCAAAUACGUGCACUCGGCCGGUGUUGUCCACCGAGACCUCAAGCCUAGUAAUAUUUUAAUUAACGAGAACUGCGAUUUGAAACUCUGCGAUUUUGGCCUGGCUCGUCUUCAAGAGGCACAUAUGACCGGCUAUGUCUCCACCAGAUAUUACAGAGCUCCAGAGAUCAUGCUCACCUGGCGUCGAUACAACGAAAAAGUGGAUAUCUGGAGCGCUGGCUGCAUUUUUGCAGAAUUAAUCCUAGGGAAACCCCUGUUCCCGGGCAAGAACCACAUUGAUCAAUUCUGUGUGAUUACGGAACUGCUAGGAAGUCCGCCUGAUAACGUCGUGGCCAAGGUGACUAGUGAAAAUACUUUAAAAUUUGUCAAUUCUCUUCCAAAAAGGCCACGCACGCCGUUGUCUAAGCUUAUGCCUGACGCCGAUCCGAAAGCAAUUUCUUUGUUGGAGAAUAUGCUCCAGUUUGAUCCAGACAAGCGAUGUUCUGCAGAAGAGGCGCUUGCUAUGCCAUACCUCGCGCCGUAUCAUGAUCCUACCGAUGAACCGACAGCAAGUGAAACAUUUGACUGGUCAUUUCUCGAGGCUGACCUACCCGCCGAUGUUUGGAAAACAAUCAUCUACGCUGAGAUUCUGCGGUAUCACGAGACACCAAACGUGUCAACCCCACUCAGCCCACUCAGUCCACUCAGUCCACCCAGUUCAAGUUUAGAUGGAAUGUAUCUAGGGUGA